GUCUGCACCUGACCUUUGGAAUCGGGCUCCUUCUAGUGGGUUGACUGAGGUAACUUGGUUGUGGUUGUGUGGACGAUGUAUUGACAGAGGGAUAUUGAUGUUGAAGUGAUGACACCAAGAUUGAUUUUUAUGGAAUGAUGGAAACAAAAAUGGAAUCAUAAGGAUCAUGAGGAUCACGAACGGUUCCGUCUUGGAUUUCUAUUUAAAGGGUGCAUUCUGCUGUUUAUGAAAGCAACAACAAUCGAUUCAAUUCUUGUCUCAUCGAAUUUUUGUUUUACUUACUACCACUACUAAGAUUCUUACUAAGAUGAAGUUUUCCUUGUCUGCUGUUUUUCUUACUCUCCUUGGAGCCGGUUCUGCUUUGGCCGCUCCCAUUUCCAAUUCUCAGCGUGGUUUGUCUUCUGAUCAAAAGUUUGGUAUUAUGAGUCUUCGCUCUGGUAAUAUUAAUGUUCACCUUCAUUCUUUCUAUGUUGGUGAAUCUGGUCAGGUUUACUUGGAGCAAUAUGAUCACGCCAAGGAAGCCGCUUCUUUCAACCUUAAGGACUCUCAAUUGCUUUACAACAAUGAACCUGCUUCUCUUGGCAAGGACGGCGCUCUUGUUUUCCAACCUUCCGGUUCUUCUUUGUCUGGUUUCAACGCUGACCAAGGAACUAACAUCGGCUACGAACUCAGUUUGAACGGCUCUUUCCCUCUUGCUUGUCCUGUUGCCGACAACAGCGGUGUCUAUCAAAUCUUUUAUGGCCAAGGCAACGGCAACAAGGAUUGCGUUGGUAUAAGCACUGAAGCCAUCGUUUAAACAUGAACUGAACUGGCUUUCUACUUCGAUUUCGAUUUCGACUAUCAUUUUUGAUUAUGAUUUUUUGCAAUAGCAUCGUCUAGCAUUUUCUUUUUUUGUUUGGAUCCCAUUGUUUUACAUGAUUUCACACGAUCCUUGGCAUUCUCAAUGAUUCUCAUCAUCAACUAGUUUUCUAUCAUUCUGCAUGUUUUGCAUCAAUCAAGCAUAUUCUUAAUCAUAAUCAUAUUCCUAUUCCUAUUAUAUUCAUUCUUUCUUGUCUCUACUUCAACUAGCUCCCAACUAGCUGCUGUAAUUGUAUUGUAUUCUAAUGUAUUUACCUAUACCCAG